CUGCAGUGUGCGCGCGCUCGGUGCUGGUCCUUUGAGGAGCGCCGUCAUGGAAACGCGGGCCGGAAACGCGCUCUGCCCAAAGCCACAUUCCUGGGACACUCAUUAAAGCAGGGUUUCAUCAGAGAGACGCGCCGGUGGGAAUCAGGGGCGACCUGGACACAUACAAUCACACCCUGGGAGCAUUCCUGUGGCUUUAACCUGCUGGAGGGUUUCUAUAUAAUAUACGAUAGUUCCUUACUGUGGGUGGAUCUGUUUCUUUCUGUGGGUUUUUGCCCCUCGGCUGGCCGUCAGAGGCUUUGUUUAUUCUUUAAUAGCGGCUGGAGCAGCCCUGCGGAUCGGAUUUAACACUAAUACAACAUUUACACAAAGGAUAAACAAAGGGGAGACCGAGAUAUGCACAGCAUUUCUGAUUCCUUCCUCCAUUUCUCCCAGUAUGACUGAAGGCAGGAGGAUUUCCAGCUCCGUUUUGAGAUUAUUUAUAGGAAAUCAUUCCUUCUGCAUCAACAUGAGUCCUGCUCGAUUCAGAUAAACUCUUUUGGAGGUCGUGGAAAUCCGUUUCAAAUCUGACAUCGUUGAGAGAGCUAGGUUUAUCUCGGGGUUGGUUUUUGUUUAUUUAAUUUAUUUUUCCUCCAGUGGAGAAGAUGGACAGUGAGGUGUUCACUCCUCAGCUCGAGCAGUUUCUGCUCACUCCUCUGGUGGCCUGGGUGAAAACUGUGGUCCAGCCGAGCCCAAGCGACCAAAGCAAUCUUUCUCUGUACAUGGACUUAGUGGAUGGUUCCUACCUGAACGAGGUCAUGCUGAGGAUAAAUCCAAAAGCUUCCAGUCAGAGAGUGAAUAAGAAAGUGAAUAAUGAUGCAGUAUUACGAGUACAGAAUCUGUCCAUCCUCAUACGCCACAUCAAAACAUACUAUCAGGAGACCCUGCAACAACUGGUGAUGAUGCCUCUGCCCAAUGUGCUGGUGCUUGGCAGAACCCCACUCACUGAACAAGGCCUUGCUGAGGUGAAGAAGCUGCUCUUGCUGUUGCUCGGGUGUGCUGUUCAGUGCGAGGAAAAGGAGGAGUACAUAGAGAGAAUCCAGACGCUGGAUUUUGACAUGAAGGCAGCCAUCGCUUCUCAUAUUCAGGAGGUCACCCACAAUCAGGAGAACGUUCUGGACCUGCAGUGGAUGGAGGGGGGAGAAUCUCCACCUGAAGACCUGGACUCACUCUCCAGAAACCUGGCCUUUCAUCUUAGACGUCUGGUGGACGAGAGAGACGAGCAGCUGGAGACGAUCGUCGAGCUGACCCAGGAGAGAGACUGCGGUCAGGGUCCACCUCCUCCGCCUUGUGCCCAGUCUCCCAGCGAGUCGCCCAGCAUGCGGCGCACCGAGAGCAGGCAGCACCUCAGCGUCGAGCUGGCAGACGCCAAGGCCAAGAUCCGACGCCUCCGCCAGGAGCUAGAAGAGAAAAGUGAGCAGUUGCUGGACUGCAGACAGGAGCUGGGGAACCUGGAGAAAGAGCUGAAGAGGAUUCAGCAGGAGAACCUCCAGUUGCUGUCUGACGCGCGCUCUGCAAGAGCCUACCGUGAUGAGCUGGACGCUCUUCGAGAGAAGGCCAUCCGAGUGGACAAGCUGGAGAGCGAAGUGGGCCGUUAUAAAGAGAAGCUCCAUGACAUCGAGUUUUACAAAGCCAGAGUCGAGGAGCUUAAAGAGGACAAUCAGAUCCUUCUGGAGACGAAGAGCAUGUUGGAGGACCAGCUGGAAGGCUCCAGGGCUCGUUCAGACAAACUGCACGAGCUUGAGAAGGAGAAUCUGCAGUUCAAAGCCAAAAUCCACGACAUGGAGAUGGAGCGAGAUAUGGAUAGGAAGCGUAUUGAGGAGCUGCUAGAGGAGAACCUGACGCUGGAGAUGGCUCAAAAACAGAGCAUGGACGAGUCUCUGCACCUUGGAUGGGAGCUGGAGCAACUUUCCAAAACCACACCAGAGGUCACUGAGGUUCCUCAGAAGUCUCUGGGCCAUGAGGUCAAUGAGCUGACCUCCAGCCGCCUCCUGAAGUGGAGAUGGAGAAAGCCGCCUCCUGAGCUGGAGAUGGAGAACCAGGCGCUGCUGAAGACCGUGGAGCAGCUGAAGGACCGCAGCGAGGCCGGCACACGCCUCCUCAAGGCUGAGAAAGAGAACCUGAGACUCAGCCAGAAGCUGGAGCAGCUGGAGAACGAAGCGCAGUCGGACAGGGAGAGUCUGCGCAGUGCCGAGAGCCUGAGCUCAGACCUGAUGAAGGAGAAAGCACAGCUACAGAAAACCCUGGAGACUCUGAGGGAGAACUCAGAGAGACAGGUGAAGGGGCUGGAGCAGGAGAACGAGCACUUGAACCAGACCAUCACAUCCCUCAGGCAGCGCUCUCAGGUUGGCGCAGAAGCCAGAGUCAAAGACAUCGAGAAGGAGAACCGCGUCCUCCACGAGUCCAUCAAAGAGACCAGUGGCAAGCUCAACAAGCUCGAGUUUGAGCGCAAGCAGCUCCGCAAAGACCUGGAGUACUACAAGGAGAAAGGAGAGAAGGCAGAGGAGCUUGAGACUGAGGUCCAGCGCUUGGAGUGUGAGAACGAAGGUCUGCAGAAACGUGUCGCGAGUCUCGGGAUCACCUGCGAGAAGGUGGAUGCCUUGGAAAAGGAGAACGCUGAGCUGGAAGCAGAGAGCAGAAGGUUGAAGAAGAAGAUUGAUGGAUUGAGGAACGCGGCCCUGCAGCUGGAAGCAUUGGAGAAGGAGAACGCCCAGCUGGAUGUGGAGAACCUGGAACUGCGACGUACAGCCGAGAGUCUGAGGUCCGCAGGAGCCAAAGCUGCUCGUCUGGAGCAAGAGAACAGAGAGCUGGAGAGCGAAAAGAAUCAGAUGCAGAGAAACCUGGAGUUGCUGAAAGCUUCAUCCAAGAAAACCGAACGCCUGGAGCUCAGCUACCAAGGUUUAGAUUCAGAGAACCAGCGGCUCCAGAAGGCCCUGGAGAACAGCGGACGUAAAAUCCAGCAGCUGGAAGGAGAGCUCCAGGACCUGGAGAGCGAGAACCAGAGCCUACAGAGGAGCCUGGAGGAGCUGAAGAUCUCCAGCAAGCGUCUGGAGCAACUGGAACAAGAGAACAAAGUGCUGGAGCAGGAGAGCUCGCAGUUGGAGAAAGACAAGAAGCAGCUGGAGAAGGAGAACAAGCGGCUGCGGCAGCAGGCUGAGAUCAGAGACUCCAAACUAGACGAUGACAGUCAGAGAAUCUCGCAGCUUGAGAAGGAAAACCGUGCUCUGAGCAAGGAAGUGAACUUCCUGAGCGAUUCCUGUAACCGUGUCAAAGAUCUCGAGAGGGACAACAAGGAGCUGGUGAAGCAGGCCACGAUCGACAAGAAGACACUGGUCACACUGAGAGAGGAGCUGGUGAGCGAGAAACUGAAGAGUCAGCAAAUAAACAACGAUCUGGAAAAACUGACUCACGAGCUGGAGAAGAUGGGCCUGAAUAAAGAAGGGCUGCUGCAUGACGAACAGAGCUCUGCUGCAAGAUUCAAGCUGCUGGAAUCGAAGCUGGAGUCGACACUGAAGUCCUCGCUGGAGAUUAAAGAGGAGAAGAUCGCCGCCCUGGAGGCCAGACUGCAGGAGUCCUCCAACCUUAACCAGCAGCUCCGACAGGAACUCAAAACAGUGAAGAAGAACUAUGAGGCUCUUCGUCAGAGGGAAGAGGAGGAGCGCAUGGUGCACAGCUCGCCCUGUCGAGGAGGGGAUGCCUCGCAGAGCAUCAGUAAGUGGGAGAAGGAGAGUCACGAGGCCACUCGAGAGCUGCUGAAGGUCAAAGAUCGACUCAUAGAGGUGGAGAGGAAUAAUGCCACUCUUCAGGCGGAGAAGCAGGCGCUGCGUACGCAGCUGAAGCAGCUGGAGACUCAGAGCAGUAACCUCCAGGCUCAGAUCCUCGCUCUGCAGAGACAAGCCGCCUCGCUGCAGGAGAACAACACCACACUGCAGACUCAGAACGCCAAACUCCAGGUGGAGAACUCGACACUGAACUCUCAGAGUGCAGCGCUCGUAGCCCAGAACGCUCAGCUUCAGAGUCAGCAGUGCAGCGCUGAGAGUGAGCGAGACAGCGCUGUGCGAGAGCGCGAGGAUCUCCGAUCCACCUACGAGCUGCUCCUGAGGGACCACGAGAAGCUCGCAGCUCUGCACGAGCGCCAGGCAGCCGAGUACGAGGCCCUGAUCGGCAAACACGGCGGUCUGAAGAGUGCACACAAGAGCCUGGAAGUGCAGCACCGAGACCUGGAGGACAGGUAUAACCAGCUGCUGAAGCAGAAAGCACAGCUGGAGGAGCUGGAGAAGGUUUUGAAGGCUGAGCAGGAGAAGAUGCUGUCGGAGAACCAGAGGCACCAGGCCACAGCGGCCGAGUAUCACAAACUGAAGGAAGAAAACGACAAGUUGAACACUACAUACCAACAGCUUCUGAAAGACAACGAGGGCCUGCAGGCCGACCACAAGAACCUGAAGAGCCAGCUGAAUGCUGCUAAACUGGAGCAGACACGCCUGGAGGCAGAGUUCUCCAAGCUGAAGGAGCAGUACCAACAGCUGGAUAUCACUUCCACCAAACUCACCAAUCAGUGCGAGUUGUUGAGCCAGCUGAAAGGGAAUCUGGAGGAGGAGAACCGGCACCUGCUGAACCAGAUCCAGACCCUGAUGCAGCAGAACCAAACCCUGCUGGACCAGACCAUGGAGAGCAAAGACCUCUUGCACUUUGGGCAGAGACAGUACAUAGACAAACUGAACGAGUUGAGGAGACAGAAGGAGAAGUUGGAGGAGAAGAUCAUGGAUCAGUACAAGUUCUACGAUCCCUCACCCCCCAGGAGAAGGGGGAACUGGAUUACGCUGAAGAUGAAGAAGCUGAUCAAGCCAAAGAGCCGCGAACGAAUGCGUUCCCUGACCCUUACGCCGUGCCGCUCCGAGUCGAGCGACGGCUUCCUGGCGGCUCCUCAGGACAGUCAGGACAGCUCGUCCAUGGGCUCCGGGUCACUCGACGACCCUCUGAGUCAAAAGAGGAGUGGCACACUGAAAAAGCUGCCCUUUAUGAGGAACAGGUCCAAGGACAAAGACAAAGAGAAGGCCGUCUACCGGCGCUCCAUGUCAAUGAACGAUCUGCUGCAGUCCAUGGCGCUGGCUGGUGCUGGUCAGUGGAGUGGCAGUACAGAUCACCUGGAGGCCCCUGAGGACCCGGUGUCUGCAGCUGGGAGCCAGAGAAUGAAGGAGCUUGCGUACUCCACCACAGCCAUCAACUACACCACCCUCAGCAACAAGCACAAGCUCAAGAACAAAGAUAAUGUCUCCUGUGAGGACGUCACUCCCACGUCUUCAGACGAGCAGAGUGCAAUUCGAAGCCAAGGUUUACCGUCCAAACGACAUCACAUGGGAUUACCUUUCACAGGUGCGGUGAACGGUAGCGUGAGCAGACCGCACAGCGAGAGCAGUGGAGAGUUCAGUCUCAGUCUGGAUGCUGAGGUUUGGUCGAGCGAGAGCAGCCCGGUCCAGAGAUCAUCUCAACACAGCCAGAGGAGGAGGAGCAGCUCUCACGCCAACGAGUCGGGCAGCCAGGACAAUCUGAGCGCUGAGUCUCCACGUGUCUCCAGAGUGUCUGAGCCUGUGCAGAAGGAGCGUACCAAGGGACGGGGCAUCCUGCGGUCUGCCAGUGGGAAGGCCACGCCCACAGAGCCCCGAGCAGGCCGACCGAGUCUGCGUAAGGCCGAGAGCACUCGGGUGAAAGGCCCUAGUCAGCCCAGAUUAGGCCUGAGUGCUCAGGCAAAAGCAACGUCUGUGUGCGAGCGUCUGGACACCUCGUCCUCUUCCGCAGGUCUUCCUCGUGCCAGUAGUGUCAUCUCCACUGCCGAGGGCAGCACACGCCGCUCCAGCAUCCACGACAUGCUGGCCAAGGACGCCCGUGAGCCCGUCUCUGUGGAUCCGUCGUUCUCGAAGAGUCAGGCCGCAUCCAGUGAGUACCCAAAACCCCUGCCCAAAUCAGCCAGCGUGCCCUGCACCGGCCGUGUCCCAAACCCAGACAACUCAGAGCUGUCCACUCUGCAGGAGUUCUUAGGCCCUUCCUUCACUGUAGAUUCAGCCUUCCUGGACUCCAUCUUUAGCGAGCCAGCGUUUUCCAGCAGCACCAGGAACCAGGCCUUCCUCUCACUCAAUACAUCGCUCGUUAGUAACAUCAGCGGCCCGCCCCUCAAACCCAAACCCAAUCACAAUCAGCCGAGCGACAGCAAGGUAGAUGGGCGGGGCCUUGAUGAUAAUAAUCCCGACCAAUCAACUCCCUUGAGUUCAGAGGACAGCCAAUCGCUGUGGUACGAAUACGGCUGUGUGUAACGUGUGGGACCAUGUGACCUCAUUUCCUGUCUGGUGAUGGUCAAGCACCUGCAUGAACGCUUCCUUAUCCAUUUAUUUGGCUUUUUUUUUGUGUGUGUUUUGUUGCUGGCUCAUCACUGCACCCUCGCUCUUGCCCUCACCCUCGUUCUGUCUUUGGUUCUGAUGAUGUACAAUCCUUCUGUUGGACUUGUUGAGUGUCUGCAUGCGUAUUAUGUCUUUUAUUACGUGUUCCUUUGUUCAGAUGUACAAUAAUCAGACUGCCAUGAUUAUUAUAGAAGGAUCACAAAAUGGAAACCUUUUUUAUAUAUCAUUUCAUCUUUCUGCUAAUUUAUAUUGUAAGCUCUGCCUACAUUUGCUUGUUCACAAAAUCCAAAAAAAAAAAAAAAACCCAAAACCUGAGGCCUGAUCUACUUUUAAUAUUUAAAUAAAGCAAUUAGGCUUUUGGAGCACGUCCCAUGAUGCUCUUGUCUUAUCGAGAUUAUUUAAAGCACUAACACAUGUUCACGUACUGAUUAAUUUCUUCUCACCUGUGAGAUUUCCUGGCUGUAUUUUGAGGGUGUGGUUAUUAUUAUUAUUUUUUAUUUAUUUAUUUUUUGGAGGAGGAGGUGGGGGCUUGGUAUCUGGGACGGUGUUACAUAAAUGGGUCUCACGCAGUCA